CUGCUGCGCGGCAUGAACCAGCAGCAGCUCGCGGCGGUCGUGUGCGCUGACGGACCCUUACGCGUCGCCGCCGGCCCGGGCACGGGGAAGACGCGGGUGCUCACCGCUCGCAUUGCGCACCUCGUGGAGGAGGCGCGCGUGCCGCCGCAGCGCGUGCUGGCGGUCACCUUCACCAACAAGGCGGCGCGCGAGCUGCGCGAGCGCAUCACGAGGCUCAUCGGCCCCUGCGAGGCCGACGCGAUCACGAUGGGCACCUUCCACUCGCUCUGCUUGGCGAUACUGCGUCAGGACAUCACGAGGCUGCCCGAGGAGCUGCCGUACCGCAGUGGCUUCGCGGUGUACGACGAGUACUCGAGCCUCAAGCUGAUCAAGAAGCUCAAGAUGCGGCUCGAGGGCGGCAGCGCGACGGGCGCCGCCGAGCAGACCGCCGAGCAGAAGAAGAAGGACGACUUCAGCGCGGGCGCGGUGCAGGCAAUCAUCUCGGCCGCGAAGAACGACAUGUACGACGCGCAGCGCUUCCGGCUGCAUCCGCCGGCAAAGCUGCGUGCCCUCGGCGCGCAGAAGCUACGGCUCGCCGCGGCGGUCUUCGAGGGCUACCAGCAGACACUGCGCGACGAGAACAUCAUCGACUUUGACGACAUGCUCCUCCUCACCGAGACGCUGCUCCGCACGAGCGAGCGCACGCGGCGCAAGUACGCGGGCCACUGGCGCCACCUGCUCGUCGACGAGUUUCAGGACACCAACUCGGUGCAGUACCAGCUGCUCAGCCUCCUCGCGCGCGACCACAAGAACGUCUUCGUCGUUGGCGACGCGGACCAAGCCAUCUAC